GGAAGACUCCUCUGUGCGUUGCUCCGUCCCGUUUCCGGCCGACCUUUUUUCCGCUUCCGGUCCGGUACUGGCGUCUUUGCUGAGGGUCACAUUGAGCUUCCAGCGACUUCAGGGGCAUCUUUAGGAGUGCUGACACUAUGGCAGAAGACAUCAAGACCAAAAUCAAGAACUACCAGACUGCUCCUUUUGACAGCCGCUUCCCCAACCAGAACCAGACCAGGAACUGCUGGCAGAACUACCUGGACUUUCACCGCUGUGAGAAGGCAAUGACUGCUAAAGGGGGUGACGUCUCUGUGUGCGAAUGGUACCGGCGUGUGUACAAGUCCCUCUGCCCCAUAUCCUGGGUGUCAACUUGGGACGACCGCCGGGCAGAAGGCACGUUUCCUGGGAAGAUCUGAACCGGCUCCAUCCCACCUCCUCUGUCCUCCGUCCUUCUCCCCAGGUGGUGAAGGGGGACCUGGGUACAUGGUGAUCCCCACCCUGGGAUCCUGAAUCAUGGUUUAACUAAUAAUAAAUACUCGUUGGAAACGUGUAA